GAGCCUCCUCCACGUCCUGGGCUCGUUUCUGCUACCGUAUCUCCCUUAAUCCCAGGGCUCAGAGCCCCAGAACGACUCGACGCCAUUCAAUCGCUGGUCGAUUGCACGUCCACAGGAUAUCCAUACGCUCUCCCAACUCCAUCUACGAAACACUCCUUACGACCCCAGUUUCACGACCACCAUGCCCGCACGUCCCAACAAAACAUCGCGCGAACACAUCACAGAAGUCGCGAUGGCCAUCGCAGAGGAGGUCGCCGCGCUCAGUCGUGCGCGCCAGCCGAUCGCCAUCGAUGAGGCCCUCAUGCUCGCGAGCCUGGACCCCGGCGCCGUCGUCGAGCUGCACGCGUGGCUCCAGGCGCUCUACGACUGGCAAGACGAAAAGAGACUGCUGUUUGACGAGGAGAUCACUGCCGAGGGGCUCGCUCGGGACAUUGUGGACAGUAAACCAGACGUAGACGUGCCCCCGACGCCCGCGGUGCGCAUCGAGUCGUGUGACCAACCGACGCGCAGCACGUCCUGCCCGCCAGCAUCUCAGGCGAGCGAGGGUACGUUCCUCGACAUCGGCAUGGCGCCGUACGAGUCGUGGACGGGGAACAGGUCACGGAAAGCAAGCGUGAUCUACGGCCUGCUUGGUCUCGGCCUACUUGGGUCGCCGCUCUCGCCAUCGCUACAGUCGCCCCGAAGUGCGGUCACCCUCACGUCCUCCUCGCUUGACCCGCGUGCGCCAUCGUCGGCGUACACGCCCAUCUUCUCACCGUGGCUCAAGGCGCUGCGUAUCCCUGGCAUCGAGCCCCUGCAGUCGCCAUGGGUCCCGAACGCGCCGCACCGGAGCUCGGACGGCCUCUGGGCAUUCCCGCAGUCGCCCCGCGACUACCCCUGUUAGUGGCUGCUCCGCCGCCUCGGACACACUGGUAUGGACUCGCGAAAUUCGGACACUUUCAUGAUGGACUCUGGGACUCACGCACGCGUAUGUUAUAUCUUGUUGGACGUUCUCAUCUGAGCCUUGGGUGGACCCGCCGAGUUGCGUUCACGCUCGUUCUACGAUACGUUGUACGGAAACGUCACUAAUACGAGCUUUUUGGUGUGGAGGCUCCAAUAAAA